UCCAAGGGUUGUAUGGGUCUGCCUCCUCAUCGCUCUCUUCCUCUACAAUCAUCCGACGAGGGCGAGGCCGCGACGAGGAGGCUAUAUGGACGAACGAAAUGCCGGCAUCAUAAUCAUGACGAUAUAGAUUUUGGAGAUGGGGUUUGGAAGAGUCACUUUUAUUCCCGGAGUCUUGUGCGCGGUGCUGAGGGAUGACACUGUCACCGCCUCCCCCCUCGGUUUUGAUCUCAAUAGCAUUAGAACUGUCAUCCCACUUCAAGGCGGCUUUCUGAGCCUCGAGAUCUUUGUAGAGCUCGUCGUCAUCGGUGUCAACCAAGUUGAUAAUUUCAGGUUGAUUCUUGGUAAGUGCCAUAGUGAAUUUGAAUAAGGUGAUUAGGAGUGUUGAAGCGAUCUCAGUUGA